UGCUGCUCCCCAUGAAUGCGCCCUGUUGCCAAGGCCCCAGGGCACCACCAGGCAGAUCUGAGUAGUCCAGGCUGCCCCUGGAUCCUAAAACCUGCAGCGACUGCAGCCCUCUUGGGGCCAGAGGCCUCUUCUGAAGAGUUAAAAGCUGCCUACCGGCGGCUGUGCAUGCUUUACCAUCCAGACAAGCACCGAGACCCAGAGCUCAAAUCACAAGCCGAGCAACUGUUUAACCUUGUCCACCAGGCUUAUGAAGUUCUCAGUGACCCUCAAACCAGGGCCAUCUAUGAUAUAUAUGGGAGAAAAGGACUGGAAAUGGAAGGAUGGGAGAUUGUGGAGAGGAGGCGAACACCUGCUGAAAUCAGAGAAGAGUUUGAGCGGUUGCAGAGAGAGCGAGAGGAGAGGCGGCUUCAGCAGCGCACCAACCCCAAGGGAACCAUCAGCGUUGGAGUAGAUGCCACGGACCUCUUUGAUCGCUAUGAUGAGGAAUACGAAGAUGUCCCUGGGAGCGGCUUUCCUCAGAUUGAGAUUAACAAAAUGCACAUUUCCCAGUCCAUUGAGGCACCCUUGACAGCCACAGACACAGCCAUCCUCUCUGGAAGCCUCUCCACCCAGAAUGGGAAUGGAGGAGGUUCCAUUAACUUUGCCCUCCGGCGAGUGACGUCCGCAAAGGGAUGGGGAGAGUUUGAAUUUGGAGCUGGAGACCUUCAAGGCCCUUUAUUUGGCCUGAAGCUGUUUCGUAACCUUACGCCAAGAUGCUUUAUUACGACCAAUUGUGCUCUGCAGUUCUCAUCCCGGGGAAUCCGGCCCGGCCUGACCACCGUGUUGGCGAGGAACCUGGACAAGAACACCAUGGGCUACCUGCAGUGGCGGUGGGGCAUCCAGUCGGCCAUGAACACAAGCAUUGUCCGGGACACCAAGACCAGCCACUUCACCGUGGCCUUUCAGCUUGGAAUCCCCCACUCCUUUGCAUUAAUCAGCUAUCAACAUAAAUUCCAAGAUGAUGAUCAGACUCGCGUGAAGGGCUCUCUCAAGGCAGGCUUCUUUGGGACGGUGGUAGAAUACGGAGCAGAGAGGAAGAUUUCCAGGCACAGUAUUUUAGGAGCUACCGUCAGUGUGGGAGUCCCACAGGGCGUCUCUCUCAAAAUCAAGCUGAACAGGGCCAGCCAGACUUACUUCUUCCCCAUCCACCUGACGGACCAGCUCCUUCCCAGCGCCGUGUUCUAUGCCACCCUGGGACCGCUGGUGGCCUACUUUGCCAUGCACCGGCUCAUCAUCAAACCGUACCUCAGGGCUCAGAAGGAGAAAGAACUGGAGAAGCAGAGGGAGAGCACAGCCACAGACGUGCUGCAGAAGAAGCAGGAGGCGGAAUCUGCCGUCCGGUUGAUGCAGGAGUCUGUGAGAAGAAUAAUUGAGGCCGAAGAGUCCAGAAUGGGACUGAUCAUCCUGAAUGCCUGGUAUGGCAAGUUUGUUAACGACAAGAGCAGGAAGAAUGAGAAGGUGAAGGUGAUCGAUGUGACUGUUCCCCUGCAGUGCUUGGUGAAGGACUCCAAACUCAUCCUCACAGAAGCCUCCAAGGCCGGGCUUCCUGGGUUCUAUGACCCGUGUGUGGGCGAAGAGAAGAGCCUAAAGGUGCUUUACCAGUUUCGGGGCGUGCUGCACCAAGUGAUGGCGGCGGACAAUGAAGCCCUCCGGAUACCAAAGCAAUCUCACAGGAUCGAUACAGAUGGAUAAAUCUCAUGGGAAAACAAAGGGUCAGGACCUGAGUCAAGAAGAAGCUGCAAAACCUCUUUUCCUGGGAGUCUGAAAGUUUGGAAACACAUGAAACAGAAACCUACAGAUGUUUUUAUUUUGUAUUAUUCCUGUAGAAGGUCAUUUACCAAUUAUGUGAAGGGACACAUGAACACCCCAGCUUUCAUGGGUACUUUAGUACUAAGGCAAUACUGCCCUUGGCUAGAACCACAAAGCUGACUAACAGCCGUCUCCUCGAGGAACCUGGGGGCGCAGAGCCCUGUGUCCUCCAACAAGUCCUCCGGCCUCUGAGCCCACAGUGGCCCACCCACCCCAAAUUUCAGGGUUUUUUCAUGAGGUGUAUAUGGGACAUUGUGAUCUCCCCCUUACUUCUGGGGGCUUCCUGCAAACCAAAUGGAAAAAACAGGCCACAGUGUGGUCCUGAUGAUCAAGUGAGUGUCCAUCCAAGCUUCCUCCCGACAAUCUCCACGUCUUAUGAUUAUUGAAAAGGGGAUUUGGAGACAUUUCUGAAUUUACCUGAGAACAACCAAUGUAUCUGGAAGACAUCUCUGCCAUACCACUAAAAAACUGAUCCUUACACCCAGGACUCGGCUUUCUCCUAGUGCAACUAGCAUUCCCUGUCUCCCCAACGAUGCACAACGAUGCACGGAAAAGACUGGGGCUCUUUCCUGUGUUUCCACCCAAUCUGGCUGGGACUCUGGGACGGCCACCUACUCACUGGGCAAGGGGAAGGCCAGAGGGAGGCAAGGGGAAAACUUGAUGGGGAGGGAGGGAAUUUCUAGGGGGAUGCCGCCCUCCAGGGCUUCCUCCGGCACUUGGCCCUGGGGCAUCUCCCUUUGCUAGGGUCCCAGCAGGCAUCUCGGUGUGGAAUGGAGAGCCGGGUGACUCCUUGGCUUUGGGUGGGGCUCUUUCUUGACCUGCCUGUUCUGGGAGGCAGAUCUUAGAAGCCGGCAUACUUGAACAGUCUUCCAGGUUAGCGGUAGCAUUCAGUCCAGCAAGCAGACGGGCCUCGUUCCUGUACUCCUCCGAGGGUCGUGCGGCCCUUUCCUAAGUGUGCAGUCAAUCACGUGAGCAGGAGUUUGAUUUGCAGUAGCCAAUGCAGGCCUUCUGUUCCUCCCCCCAUUCCCCCCAAUAUUAGAAUCAAACUCUCCUGCCUGGGCUUUGGUAUCAGAGUAAUCAGUCAUGAUCCCUCCUCCCUCCCCAGUUAAUUUUUUAAAAAUAGUUCUGGUUGUCUUAAUUCUGUGACAUUCAUGCCCAUUUUUACAAUGUUUUCCAAACCUGAAGCUAAGAAUUCAAGCUGUGCAAUAAACUUUGCCGAAUGACUCUGACCUAACACGGCCCGUUGUCCCCUUUGUUGCAGACGGUUCCUUCAGGUACCGAUUUUCUUCAUUUUGUUUGAAGCUGGUUGUACAGAAGGCACUGUAUUGUCAAUAAUAAACCCUUUCUGAAAGCUGG